AGAACAGGUGCCUGGAAUUCAUUAGCCAACCCACGAGCCCAGGAGACGGGAAUUACACCGGCCAAACUCCUCUGCGUGCCACUGCUCUGCCUCCCUGUGCGGCGGCAGCAGCACGGCUUCAUCUCCUCUUCAUCCUCCCUUCCCCUCCCUUCCCCUUCCCUCCAGCUGAGCCAUGACGAAUCCCUGCACAGCCUUCAGCAGCGGCUCCCUCUCCUCCUGGGAGCUGUCAGGGAAAGCAGGAAGCACAUCCCCGGAUCGCCUGGGCCGCUGCAGCCCCAAUGGCUUGGCCAGCAAUGGCUACAGGGACGGUGGAUAUCGAUGCUCCUCUUACUCCUCCUUCUCCAUCGAUGGGAGGCUUCUGGCCCCCGUGCACCUCGACAUCGACACAGACUUCCAAGCCGUGCGGCAGCAGGAGAAAGAGGACAUCAAGUCACUCAACAACCAGUUUGUGACCCUCAUUGAGAAGGUCCAGUGCUUGGAGCAACAGAACAAGGUCCUGACGACGAGGUGGAACUUCCUGAAGGACCAAGACAAUUCCCACUCGGAGUCAGACAUCAAGGCCAUCUACGACCAGUACAUGAGCAAGAUGAACCAAGAGAUGAAGGCGCUCACCUAUGAGCAGGAAAACCUGGAGUCGGAGCUGACAAAGGUCCUGAGCACCAUGGAUAACUUCCGGAGCAAGUACGAGGAUGAAAUCCGCCUCUGCAGCGGGAUGGAAUACACCUUCCUGGAGCUCAAGAAGGAUUUAGAUGUCAGCACCUUGCACAGAACGGAGCUGGAGGUUAAACUCAAUGGGCUCCAGGAGCUGAUGGAACUGAAGAAGACCAUCUACGAGCAGGAACUGGAGGAGCUGCUGACAGAAAUCAAGGACAUCUCCGUUGUCCUGGGAAUUGACAACGCCUGCAAGCUGGACCUGAGCAGGAUUGUGGAAGAAGUGAGGGCCCAGUACGAGGCUCUGGCUCUUCGGAGCUGGGAGGAGGCUGAAGCCCUCACCAGGAGGAAGCUGAAGGAAGGCAGCAUCCAGACAGGCACCUAUGGGGGUCACCUCCUGGACAGCCGCCGGGCGAUCGCAGACCUGAACAUCCAGAUCCAGAAGCUGAGGUCCUGCAUCGUGUCCCAAAAGAGCCAGUGCCUUUACCUAGAGGAGCACAUCAGAGAGGCAGGAGAGCACGGUGAGAUGGCCCUCAAGGAUGCCAAAGCCAAACUGGUCAAGCUAGAAGAAGCCCUACAGAAGAGCAAGGAGGACAUGGCUCAUCUGGUGAAGGAGUAUCAGGAGCUGAUGAACAUCAAGCUAGCACUGGAUGUGGAGAUCCUCACUUACAGGAAGCUGAUGGAAGGGGAGGAGAGCAGCAUGGAGCAACCAAUACCCACAGUCAUCAGCAGCGUCCACUCCACACCAAAGCACCUUUCUGCCAGCACCCUGAGAAACUCCAAGCUCUUUGCAAGAAAACCCAAUAGCACCAAUGGGGAGAAGAAGGCAAACGGGGGCAGCGCCAGGAGCCCCAGUGCUGCCCCAGUGCCACCAGCAGCAGUCUCCAGUGGUGCCCAGCCAAAGCUCAGCUCCCUGCCCACCGAGGGGUGCUCCUAGGAGACCCAGAGCCCUGGCACGACCACAGCACCCAUGGGCACCUGGAGCCACAUGGGGCCAAAGCACUUUCUCCCGAACUCAAGCCAAGAGCCGAGGGACAGAGGAUGGGAAUCCACUCACUCCAGGCUGUCUCCGUUGCCUUCCCAACCCCCCCUGUUCACAUCUCUGUUACCCACACACAGAUUCAUGACCCCCCGUUCAGACACUGCCACCGACAUCCUCCUCUCCAGGUGUGUCAUCCCAGAGGAUGUGCAUCCCUUUGGGAUGUGCCUAUCGGACACUUGGCAGGAGGGGAAAGUAUUAUUACAGCAGCUUGUAACCCACUUUACCAGCAUUCCUAAACCCUUCUGCCUGCUCCAGCCCUGCCCUGUGCGUGUCCGAGGUGCUGAUGGGGAGAUGCAGGCCAACAGCCUGAGCUGUGGGUUUGUGAUCCCUGGAUUUGGUGACAAACACACUGCUUGUACUGAGGGAUGCUUGGCCACAGCAUCUAAGUGAUCAUACUGCCUUUUGGGUGGCCUCUCACUCCUCCCCAUGCCACCAAAGGUAAAGCUCCUCCAACCUUUUAGUUUCAUAACAGAGAGCAUCUCCCCCUGUCUCACUCCAAGUCCACACACAGUGGGUCCUAGAAACAAGGACAUUGGUUCCCAUUUAACUACAACAAGCAGGACUUGUCUUUGUAGUUACUGAGCUUACACAGGAGCUCGUCCCUUACCUGACACCGGUCACACCACAGCACAGCAGGGGGGAUGCUCUGGCCUCAGACACACGUUCCAUGACCCUCUUGCACAUGCACAUCUGCUUCGGGAUGCACCGUCCUGCUCUGGUACAGCACGGGGCCACUGCUGGUACAAUAAACACUGAGUGUCACACACAA